ACAGCACGCCGUACCUGACGAUCCUCGCUGGCUGCAGACAUGACAUGAGCCACGACACUCUAUCCACGACUGACUUUGGUCUUCUAACGGCCAUCUAUCAGCCAAGAGAGUUUCCUAUCCACAAACUUUCAUGACGACAAUCUGCCCAGACCACCUUCCAUGAUAGCAAUCCACCAAAUCCACCUGCCUUGGUAGAGGGUAGCAAACCUCCGAGCCAACCUUCCAUGACAGCAAUCUGCCCGUCCCACCGCACACGGCGGCAUCCCGAUCACGAGCAUAGACCUCCUUGAAUCGGAUCGAAUCGAGUCGCAACCAACCCAGUCGGAGAAUAAUGCCUCUCCAUCUCCUCGGCAAAAAAUCAUGGAAUGUCUACAACACAGCAAACAUCUCGCGCGUUCGCAAAGAUGAAGCCGAAGCGCAAGUCCGAGAAGAAGCUGCUGAGCAGCGCAUGCAAGAGGAAGAUGCUGCGCGGAGGAUAGCAAUUCUACGAGGGGAAGCCGUGCCUGAGAUACCUGCUGUUGAAGAUGAGGAGCAACAAAGUAGCGACCGACGCCGAGAAAAGAAUUUCGGUGAAGAUGAGACGUACGUCUCUCGAGACCGCAAACGGAAACGCCGGCGUGGAGAAGAUGACACGGAGCGAGACAUGCGGUAUGCGAUAGAAAAUCGUGAGAGAGGGGAGCGAGCGAGAGAGACACUUCUUCAGGGACAAAAGAGUACCACAGUUCGUGAUUCCUCUGCCGCUGAAGCCCCUCUCCAAGACCACACAGGCCACAUCCAACUCUUCGCACCUCCCGACGAGAAACAAAUCCGCUCCAAACAGAAAAACGCCGAAGCCGAAGCUGAAAAAGCAAAAAAACGUAAACGUGAAGAAGAUCUCGGAACGAUGAAAUUCAGUAAUGCCGCAGGCUACAACAAUGGUAUGCAAAAACCUUGGUAUGCUGCAACAGAUAAUGCACCUCGUCAAUCUACAGACACCUCAGCUUCGCGAAACGAAAUCAUGCUCGCAGAAUUAAAAGGGAAAGACGUCUGGGGCAACGAAGAUUCUCGAAGAAAAGAACGUGAGACCAAGAGGAUUGUUUCGAGUGAUCCUUUCGCCAUGAUGCAGAGUGCUCAGAAGCAGUUGAAGCAGAGUGAGAGGGAUAAAGAGGAGUGGGAGAGGAGGAGAAGGAAGGAAUUAGAAGACUUGAAGAGGGAGCAGCAGAGGAAGAAAAGGAGAGGAGAAAUUGAUAAAGACAGCCUGGAUGGGUUUAGUCUAGAUGCUCCUUCGAAAGAUGAUGAGAAGAGUGAGGAGCGUAGGCGUCGGCAUCGACAUCAUCAUCAUCACAGGAGACACCGAAGUCGGUCGAGAGACAGGGAAGAAAGAGACCGUCGGAGACAUCGUAGUCGGUCGCGAGAACGUGAUCGUGAUCGUGAUCGUGAGCAGCGAAGGGAUCGGUCGACGGAGCGUGAAGAAAGACAUAGCAGAAGCCAUCGUCACCGACAUAGAGAAUAAAAGGAGAAAAGCCAGAGGCAAGUGCGCCCACCAAAGACAUUCAACAUUGACAGACCGCGCACUUAUUUACCAUCAC